AUGCGCGAAGAAUGCCCGAAGGCUGCUCGGAUCUGGCCUCGAAUUAAGCCAGUUUGUGAUUGGACGAUUCCAUUCAUUUAUGUCCUAUAUCUAUCUAUCUAUCUAUCUAUCUAUCUAUCUAUCUCAGCCAGUCCAUAUCUAUUUAUCUAUCUAUCUAUCUAUCUGCUGACUCGAACACGUUCAGUUAAAAAGCAAUCAUCAUUCAUCGGGAAUUUUUUCUUAUUUUCCAAUCACUCCAAACUUGAAUCUAUCUAUCUAUCUAUCUUCUAUCUGUUCUAUUUAUUAUCUAUCUAUCUUAGUCUGUUCCUUUCUUUGUAUCUAUCUCAGUAUAUUUCUUUCUAUCUCAGUCUGUUUCUUUAUUUCUGUCUUUAUUCUGUUUCUAUCUAUCUAUCUAUCUAUCUAUCUAUCUAUCUAUCUAUCUAUCUAUCUAUCUAUCUCAAACUCCUCAUAUCUACCUACGUAUUUAUAUAUCUAACGAUCAUAUUCGCAUCAAUCAAUAUAUCGUCUGUCCAUCUAUCUAUCUAUCUAUCUAUCUAUCUAUCUAUCUAUCUAUAG